AUGCUAAAGAUCGCCUCUAUCGUCCAAGGAAUAUGCCUCAGCCUGUUGAUCGACUUGGCGGAGGGCAUCGACCAAGCCGUCAACCCCACGCUCGUGGGCCGUCUGAAGCUGAGCCCGACCGAGCUUGACAAGAUCAAACUUCUCCCUCAAGACAGCUGUGAAAACGCAACGCUCGUCUCCGCUCUAAGCUCCGAGGAUGCUGGCACGCACAACGUUGCGAACGGGCUGUUUGGUAUGCCAUCAGAAGUUCUGGCCGCGGCGUUUGGCGAUAGUCCACUGGCCAUGCAAUUUGCGGCUCUCGCCCAGAAUAUUCCGGCAGUGGGCACCGGAGCUUCGGAGGGGUCUUCUGAGUGCAUGCGAAGGUGCGAGGGUGGCCCGUCCUUCUAA